GAUGGUGAAGAGUGGACACACUGACACCAGUUUCACGAACUGGGAGAGUUCCACGUCAACAAUCUGAAGUGUCAAUCAAAGGUUGACGACUUCCUCUUUGAUAACGUUCCGGUUCCUGAGCCCCUCCCCUUUUUCUUUCCUCAGCAUGGGACAGCAGAUGCUCCUCCUCCUCCUCCUCCUCCUCUUCCUCUCCCUGUGCCGGGGUCAAAGUUCAAACCCCGAGAGGCCGACCUGCCGGAGCUGUGACCUCCAUCUCUCCUGUGACUGCUCCCGGGGGGGCUUCACCCACGUUCCCAUGGUAACAGGCCGGGCUCUCACUCUGGACCUGUCCUUUAACAACAUCACCAUGGUAACCGAGGACGACCUGACGGGACACGUGCGCCUGACGGCCCUGAGUCUCCAUGGAAACCGAGUGUCUGUGAUCCACCCGGCAGCGUUCGAUUCCCUGUGGAGUCUGGAGGAGCUGGACCUGUCUCACAAUCAGCUGACGUCCCUCAACCCGGCGUGGUUCGACCAGCUGGGGGCGCUGCUGCAGCUCAACCUGCUCCACAACCCCUACAGGUGCGUGGGUUCGAGUCCCGAGUUCCACGGGCUGGUGCGGCUGAGGAGGCUGGCGUUCGGAGGUCCGGCUCUGGAGGAGAUAAAGAUGGCCGCCCUGUCAGGGGUCACCGAGCUGGAGACGCUCACCGUUCACGCCAACAACCUGAGCAGGUACGAGUCCGGGGCUCUAGCGGACGUCUGGCCCCUGGGUCGCGUCACUCUGAGCCUCCAUGGACCCUUUCUGACCGACGUGGCGUUGGCCUCGGCCGUGCUCGCUGACGUGUCGGACCCGGAGACGCCCCUGGAGCUGGAGGACCUGCACCUGAGAGGGAAUGGGUCCGUUCAGCCGCUCAGGGCGGCGGCCAGCAGGAGGGUCAGGUCCCUGACCUUCAGGAACAUCUCCAUCUCCGAUGAGGCCAUCGUCGGCGUGCUGGAGGUGUUAGACGGAGUGCCGGUCACCAUCUUAUCCAUGGAAGGCGUCACGCUGACCGGCGAGGGCAGGUGGGAGACCGCGAGCUGGGUCGACACCUCCAGCAUGGACCAGCUGGUGGUGAGGAACGUUGUGGUUCUGGACGUCUUCAAGUUCGUCUCCUUCCUGCAGCUGAAGUUCCUGCUGCAGUUCCCCAGGAUGGUGUCGGUCAUCAACUCCCGGGUAGAGGCGUCAGCCAGCUUGUUUACGAUCAGGGACUGUUUCCGAUGUGAUGAACCUGCUCGUCACUUUGCUCCUUCAUUGAGGUUUGACCUUCACCCUCAGAUUUUUGUGAUUCCCUGCGCCACCACCGGGCUCCUGUGGAACCUGCAGUACCUGGACCUGACUGACAACCUGCUGACCGACCUGACGCUGGUGGAGACGCUGUGCGACGGGAACGGGACCAUGAAGGACCUCCGGGUUCUAAACAUCAGUGGAAAUGCUCUUAAGUGUUUGUCUACGUUGAGUCGACUGGUGGAGAAGCUCCACAAACUGACCCACCUGGACAUCAGCAGGACCCGCUACAGCUCCAUGCCCAGGGCCUGCUCCUGGCCCUCCACCCUGCGAUACCUCAACAUCUCUGGGGCUAAACUCACCAGCACCACCCCUUGUCUGCCCACGACUCUGGAGGUGCUGGAUCUGAGUAACAACGAUCUCCAAGGCUUCACUGUGGCCCUGCCGGUCCUGAGAGAGCUCCACCUUUCAGGGAACAAGUUUCUGAGGCUGCCCCCUGGAGGCUCGUUCCCCAACCUCAGAACUCUGACAGUGCAGUCGAACACCUUGAACAUGUUCCACCGCUCGGACCUCCAGUCGUACCGGCGGCUCCAGAACCUCCAGGCCGGUCAGAACAAGUUCGUCUGCACCUGUGACUUCGUGGCCUUCUUCCAGUCGAGCAUUCAAGGGGAUGAAGUUGUGCGUUUAACAGACGGAGCGGAGAGCUACGUCUGCGACUCUCCCUUCUACCUGCAGGGGGAACCAGUGGGUCGGGUUAAUCUCUCCAUCGCCAUGUGCCAUCGGGUUCUGUUCGUGUCCCUGAGCUGUGGCGUAGCGUUGUUCUUGGGGAUUCUGGUGUGCAUCCUGCUGUGGCGCCUCCACGCCCUCUGGUACCUCAGGAUGAUGUGGGCGUGGCUGAGGGCCAAGCACAGCUCCCGGCGCCGCCGGCGACUGAGAGAUGGAGCCGGAUCAGAGGCGCUGCUUGCCUUUGAUGCCUUUGUUUCCUACAGUGAAAAGGAUGCCGGCUGGGUGGAGACCUUCCUGGUGCCGGAGCUGGAGGAGCCACGGGAGAGCGAUGGAGACUCGGAGAAUCGCAGAGCCCCUCGGCCGCUGAGCCUCUGCCUCCACAAGCGGGACUUCCUUCCUGGACACUGGAUCAUGGACAACAUCAUGAGCGCCAUUGAGCGCAGCCGGCGGACUGUCUUCAUUCUCUCCCAGAACUUCGUCCAGUCUGACUGGUGCCGCUACGAACUGGACUUCUCCCAUUUCUGGCUCUUCGAUGAGGACGCCAGGGGCGAGCCGGCCAUCUUGGUCCUGCUGGAGCCGCUGUCCAAGGACAACGUCCCCAAACGCUUCUGCAAACUGCGCAAACUCAUGAGCUCCACCACGUACCUGGAGUGGCCUCAGGAGGAGGAGAGCCGGGCGGAGUUCUGGAGGAGCCUCCGAAACGCUUUGAAGGGAGAUGGAGAGGAGGACGAGUGAGAAAGACCACAUUCAAAUCAGUCACAGGAAAAUGUCCAGAGAUCUUUAAUACCUUCUUUUAAAUACAUUUGCAAACAUUUUUAAAAAACAUGUUUUUCAAUUGUCAUUAAGAAUUAUUAAGAGUCAAUUGAUGUCAAAAACUUUUGUCCAUUUAAAAUCAUGUACAGAAACAAAGUGGGUUUGAACGUUGAAGCUUCUGUAACUGACAAAACUCCCAAACUAUGAGAAAGCGUUGGGAGCAAUAAAGUUUGUGUUUGACUAAA